AUGAAGCCCCCGAAGCCGAUGUCUCGCAACCGCCUGAAGAAGCACCAGCAGGCGCUGCUGCUGAAGCAGCUGCAACACAAGACAAGUGAGGCUGCUCCAGAAGCCAAGGAAGAUGCAGAUAUGUUAGAUGCCUUCAUGUCUGCUCUCGAGGCAGAGGCGAAGGAAGAGCUGAGUGCAGCGAAGGCCGAAGGCGAAGGUCAGGUGGAGGCCCUGGAAUGUAUCUCCGGCCGCAGCUCAGAGCCGCCGCGGCCCCAAAGCAUUUCUCUUGAGGAGAUCAGUAGGUGGCAAGAGGUUGAAGCUGCGUACCUACCGCCAGGCGCGGUGGCGAAGUCAGCAACAGGCGCAACAGCAGCAGCUGCACCUGCUACUUCUGCAGCACCUGCAGCAACUGCUGCACCUGCUGCUGCUGCAGAGCCUGCAGCUGCAGCAGGCGCAGCUGCAGCGCCUGUGCCUGCGAAAGCUUCAACAGGUGACGUCAAAGUUGAAGGAACAACGGAGGGAGCGGUUGGCGGCUCUUCUGCUGCUGCUGCCGCUCCGCCGAUGCCGGAUGUUUCCAAAGUCAAGCGCGAGCCAGCGGCAGGAACAGCAGACGCUUCUCCCGCAAGUGCUGCUGAACCAGCUGCAGCAGGGCCAUCAGCUGCUGCAGCUCCAGGUGCUGCUACCGCUCCCUCGACCAGCGGAACUGGGCAUGCGGGGGUCAAAGCUGAGGGUGGAGAGGCACCAGCAGCGACACCAGCAGCAGCAGAAACGCCAGCAGCAACAACGGAAGCAGAUGCGGUUGACCCAGAGGAAGCAAAGUACCACGAGAUAUUCCUUGAGGCGCUGCGGAAAGGCCGCUUAAAGGGGCGUCCUGGCUCUGGGGAAGGUGCCUCGGACAAAGGUAAGGGAUCGGCUUCAAAGGACGACGAUGCUGAGGAGGAAGAAGUGCUGCUCUACUCGGAUCACGAAGAAGCGGAGGAAGAAGCUGCGCAGGUAGCAGAAACCGCUGCAGAGGCAGCAGAAGGUGCAGCUUCAGGAAAAGGAAAGAAUGAUGACGAAAACGAAACGCAAGCCAAGGAGCAGCUGGCGAACCUAUCUUACUUCGACCUUGUCAAGCGCGUUGGACUCAAAAAGGAACUCCCUCUCGUUGACCAUGCGUCGUGCAAGUUCCCUCCAAUCAAGAAGAACCUCUAUGUGCAGGUAAAGGAGCUCACGGACUUGAAGGACCACGAGGUGGAGGCGAUACGGAAGACGAACGGAAACAUCAAAGUUCGUGGGAAGCAGUGCCCCCGUCCUGUCAGUUCUUUCCACCAGUGUGGUUUGCCAGAAAAGAUCCUUAGGCACCUAGAACUACGUGGGUUUGAGAAGCCGUUCCCGGUCCAAAGCCAGUGUAUUCCCAUCUUGAUGUGCGGGAGAGAUCUCAUCGCUGUGGCCGAGACGGGCAGCGGCAAGACCUUGGCGUACGCCUUGCCUCUUGUGCGUCACGUAUUAAGCGUUAAAAGGCAAUAUAAAGAGUACCUGGCGAAGCAAAAGGAAGAAAAGCUGCUGAGUUUGCAGCAACAGGAAGAACAGCAGCAACAGAAAAGCGCAACAGAGGGACAAGCUGACGCCGCAGCUCCCACAGCGAAUACAGCUUCAGACCCCAAGGGAGGACAGCGUGGGAAGCGGCCAGCUGCAGAUAAUGAGGAUAAGGACAGGUACCGGAAGAACGAAAAGGGUGAAAGGAUGCUGAUCUAUGGGAACUUCAAGGAGGGAAUGAUCGGCCUGGUCAUUGCCCCGACUCGGGAGUUGUCGCUUCAAAUUUCGAAGGAGGUUUCGCGUCUGUGCAAGUUGGUGGACUUGAAUGUUGCUUCACUAUAUGGAGGGGCAGGCAUCGGGGGCCAACUGGGACAAGUACGGCGAGGGGUAGAUGUAGUAGUAGGAACGCCGGGAAGACUAAUUGACGUUCUUACUCUCAACUCUUGCAAAUUCACAAGCCUUAAGCGCGUGACCUUCGUGGUGCUGGACGAGGCCGACCGAAUGUUUGAUUACGGAUUCGAACCGCAGAUAUCUUCCAUCCUGAGGAGCACUCGCCUAGAUAGGCAAACUUGUCUCUUUUCUGCAACUUUCCCUUCCCACAUUGAAUCUUUGGCUCGGCGCAUCCUUUACAAACCAGUUGAAGUUGUUGUUGGUGAAAAGGGCCGAACAGCUGCAAAGGUGCAGCAGUACGUUGAAGUGAUGGAUGAAGAACGCAAGUUCUACAGACUACUGCAACUUUUAGGGGAUUGGCAGGACUAUGGAUCGAUCAUAGUCUUUGUAAACAAGCAGAUAGAAGCUGACGAGCUGUUUGCUGAACUUUUGAAGUAUGGUUAUCAGGCGCUUGUGCUGCAUGGAGGACAAGAUCAGACGGACCGAGAGUUUACAAUACAGGAGUUUAAAGAUGGCACGAAGACGCUGUUGAUUGCGACGAGCGUAGCAGCGCGUGGGCUUGAUGUACCCUCGGUUGUUCUGGUUAUCAACUUUUGCUGUCCUUCGCACAUUGAAGACUACGUCCACCGCAUCGGCAGGACAGGGCGAGCGGGGAACAUUGGGGUUUCAUAUACGUUCAUAACCCCUCAAGAGGCAGACAAGGCAGAAGAGCUUGAAGGGGCAUUAAUUCAGUCUGGGCAAAAUGUCCCUCCGUCUUUGGCAGCGCUCAGUUCGGAGUUCCGCGUACAGUGCAACAUGGGUUUGGCGCAGAAGACGAAGCGAGGCGGAUUUGGGGGGAAAGGAUUUACAUUCUCAAUUACAGAAAAAAGUCGCCAACAGCAGCAGAUGCAACAAGCCAAGAAAGAAUUGUCUGGAGCCAACGACUUUGAUGAGGUUGAGGAAGUGGAACUGUUGCUUCAGAGAGAUGACUUUUUGCCCCCACCGCCUAAUAACACCCAGCUGGCACUCACCAACACCAUGUCAACAAUGGAUGCAGCAAUGGCAGCAGCUACAGCAGCCGCGGCAGCAAAAGGUGGGGCCGCAUCGACGCCGGGCUCACUGCAAUCCGCAGUGGAGGCUGCCGCUGCCAAGGCGGCCUUAUUGGCAAAACAUCAGCUGGCUGGAGGCGACACCGUCACCCAGCCGGCGAGUUCCACAGAAGGUGUUGCGCGUGUCAAGCUCAUUGCAAAAAUACUCAAGUUGCAGGAUGCCGAGCUUGCCAAACGACCACCAUCCACUCCGCCGGCUCCACCGCCAGGCCUACCGCCACCCGGAAGCGAGAAGACAAAACUGACUGCAGACCAACAGAAGCGCUUGUUGGUUAUGAGAAUGCGACCACUUGGGGAUGUUGGGUGGAUUGUUUUGUGGACUACUUGGGAAAUCGUCCACCCGUUCGGAAAGUAUUCCCAGCGGUUGUUCCAUUUGGUGGACUUCAUGCUACAGCAGGCGCUGAAAGGCCUUCCGGAAGCAGAUCGAGGGCAAUACAGAGACAAGUUGCGUGAAUCGUACAAGAAGCACUUGUCACCUCGUCCGAAAGUUCAGCAAAAAGCAGCGCCGGGCAUGCAGCUGGCUUUGGCCACUUCCAUAACAGGGCAAGCGCUGCCAAAAGAGAAGGACCCAUUUAUGGAUGCCGCAGCGGAGGCACUAUCUAUUCUUAAGCAAGGCACCACAGCAAGCUCUGGUCAACUCCAGGCAGCUCUUGACAAGAUAAAGGCAUUCUCUGACUCAGCCGAGCUAGCGGCGGCUAUUAGUAGCGUUUCGGCGCCUUCGAACCCUACGCUUGGCAAGGUGCCUGGACUUUCCGAGAAGGGAUUUGUCUGUCCUGAGACUGGCAAUUUCGUGGAUGAACUUGAAAUUAACGACUAUCCGCAGGUGGCACGAUACAAAAUCACCCAGAAGGAGUUGAUGUCACGCAUCAUGGAAGAAACCGGGGCUGUUUUAUAUGUGAAAGGCCAGCACGUGGAACCGGCGCUGAAGCAUCGCACGCAGCUUGCACCGGGCGUGAAGUUCUUACAUGUGGAAAUCAUUGCCCCGACACCAAUUCAAGUUCAGAGAGCAAGGCAUGCAGUGUACGAGCUGGUGGAAUCCAUCGCGCUGAAGUCACUGAAUCUAACGACCAGUCAGCGGCAGGCUGUUGGGCGCUAUUCCGUUGUCUAG